AUGGAAAGAGAUAGAAGCAUCCUGAGAGUUAUCCAAGACCUCAAAAAAGUCGUCUCUGCUAUCCUUUGGGGAUAUGGUGAACAAGAAAAACCAGUGACAGAUGCCAGUGCUGAACUGCAUGGACUGUGUGGCUACAUGGAGCUCUUGCUACAGUUUGAUCAGAAAGAUCGGAAGAGAUUUUGGGGACCCCGAAAGGAUUAUUGGGACUUCCUUUCCAUGGCCCUGCAGCGGAAUGGUGGAAACAUGGAAGGCAUUCGAUUUGUCUAUGCCCAGGACAAGCUGAAGACCACAGUGGGGAGAGGUCGUGCAUUUAUUCGUUUCUGUCUAGCCCAUAGACAGUUGGCUGACACUCUGCAGCUCUGCCUUCUGGACCCUGAACUCAUCAGGGAGUGGUAUGGAAGCCAAAGCCCCUUCCUGUGCCCAGAACUCAGCCUUGACAUCCUCGAGACCCUCUAUGUGCUGAAUGGAGUGACCUUUGAUCUCGAGUUGCAGCGGCAUGACCUUGAUGGGGGCUGGCCUAUGUUCUCAGAGUCACCAAGCCAGAAUUCCAGUACUAUAACCCAGGAAAAGUUAAGAACCAAACAGCCUCAAGAAGAGAUCCUAGUCACACAUCUGAAAAGCAAAGGAGUACAGUCUAAAAAGCCACUAACCCCAUUAGCUGGCUAUGACAUCCAACCCCCAGGAGAUGAUUCCAAGGGGGUCUGCCUGGUGAUACCUAACAGUGCUGAGAUACAAGAACCCCUGACAGAAAAGAAGAUAGAAGAUUCUGAGAGUGAGAUAAGUCAAGGGGCACUUGAAGGAACCAAAGAACUGGAAGUGGUCCCAAACUCCUUGCCUGGAGAAAUUAGGAAGAUUCCCCGGGGGCAGGAGCCCAGCCUGCAUAAAAAGCAACAUGGAAGAUUCCCAGAAGCCAAGAUACCUGGGUCCCCUCAGAUUAGGCAAGCACCAGAACAGGAAAAAAUGCAUCAGAGAAAGGAAGAAAGAGUAUGGUGUCUAGGAGGAGAGCCCAUUGAGCAGAUGUGUAUAUCUCCAAAGAAUCAAACACAUGCAGAUCUCAGUCUUGUGGAACAGGGAGAUGGGGGAAGGAUAUUUCCAAAGAUAAUGCAAAUUAAGGAAGAACCCUCCAUCAGGGCUGAGAACAGAAGAGAGCAGAUGGGACCAGAAGGACAGAAAGUGCUAAAAGAUCCCCCAAAAGGAAGGAGAGAUCAGAGAUUUGCUCCAAAACACCUGCCCAAUGUGUUGGGGGAGAAGUUUGAGGAAGAACAGUCAGAACCCAGAAGGGAACAUGAGACCCACAGAGUCCCAGGGGAGUCCAAGAUGCUUCAAGACCUGGAAACAGGAAAGAGACAGAAAGAUAAGCAGGCUCAAAGACAGGUGCCUGAAGCAUCAGGGAAAGAGCAAGAGCACCUGAGAGACACUGAGGAUGUAAUUAAGAACCUCAAGGAAUGUCUGCAGAAGGCUGAGGAACAGUCUCAGAAGAAGGAAAAACUACUAAUGAGCCUGGAGGAGAAACUGAGAGAACUGGAAGAACAGUUGUUAAGGAGCCAAGAGCAGCAGUCCCAACUGAGAGGAGAGCUGGAACAAAGACAACAGGAGGCUGAGAAGAGAGAAGACCAGUACCAACAAGACCUCAGUGAGCAGCACGAACUGGUCCAAGCCAUGAAGAGACGUCUGGUGGAGCUGAUUCGGGAGAAGGACAGCUUAUGGCAGAAGACUGAGCAUCUUUCUUCCCUGGCCCCUGGGCUCUGUAUAGUCUGUAGCAAGAUUUUUGGCCGUCUGAAUCGGAAAUAUCAUUGCAAAGGGUUCUGGAUCUCCACAGACUCUGUGGAAGCCUCGUCUGCCAUGCCUGUUCUGUGGACUACAAGAAGAAAGAACGAUGCUGUCGAUCUUGCCACCCGAAGGGAGAAACCUAGGUCAACUAAGUCAAGGUUCUCUACCUCAGGACUGGUCUCCUCCCUACUUAAUGAUCCUUGGACCAUAAGCCCAAAUAUUUCCCUUAAUGAUGUCCUUGUCCCAUUACUAGCUAAGGUGACUUAG